AUGAAAGAUGGUGGUGGAGGCGAUCAUCUCUCAGUUGCUGUGAAAGGUCCCGGUGAAGGCGCGCCAGCAAUCAUCCCUAAUAGAGACCUGUUUAUCAAGCCUCCAGGUAUAAAGAUUCGAGGUGUUUUGGGACUGCCCAGGGCUGGAUCUACUGUGGGAAUACAGGAUGUUUGCACCCAACCCUUUGGUUUCUAGCACCCCCUUAAAGAGAGGGUCGUAGCUAUAGUGGUGUGUGUGGUGUGUGACAGCCCUUGCAAACAUCUUGUCGGCAAAAUGAGGGAUUUAUUGGCAAAUCAUUGUCGUAUAGUUGGCGGAAAUACUUGAGUAGCUCGAUUAAAAGUAAUAGAAUUUUGAUAAAUUUAUGAAAAUAUUACCGGAAUAUGUAAGAAAUUAUGCUAAAUGAAUUGGAAAGUUAGUGAAAGAUGGUAUGUCCGGAAAAUUUUUUAUCUGCCACCCCCCGCCAACAAUUUUGGGGAAACCAGAAAGAUUAAUUAGCGGCUGAAAUAUUGUCGGCAAAUGCAAUACUACUCCCCCCCCCCUGCUUUAGCUUCGGCCCUGCUUGGAAAAGUCCAGCGCCGCAAACAUUUUGCGCUUUUCGAAUAGCGAUUAGCGGAACUUCUCCUGUUAGUGCGUGUUGAUUUCUUGAAUGAUUUGUGAUGAGAAAAUACUCAGAAUGCUUUAGUUAAAUAUCAUGAUUAAAUAUGUCAACAUGUCGAGGUUUUUAUACAGCCAUAUUUUUACAUAAACUGUACUUUAACAAGUAAAUUUACGUCCUGUCCUGUCCUCUGCUGUGCUACAGCAACUGUCCAGUUACGCGUAUGUGAUAAAAAGCCGAUAUAAACUUUAUAAGCGAAAGAUACAGUAAUCUAAAACAUAACAUAAAGCAAAUACUGGAAUGCUGUAUAAUUUACUCCUUGUUUAAAAAUGUACUCAUUGUUUAAAAAUUUAAUAUUCAUUGUUCAAAAAUUGCAAGUAGAAAAUCAGUAUUAACUACCCUAACUAUAUACCAUGUAUGUAUUUGGGUUUCCUCAAAAGAUUCCUGAUGAUGACUGCAAGCUAGUCGAAACGUCGAAUCAAAAUGUUAACCGUUUUCGGAGUGUCCAUUGUUUUGUAUUUUUUAAAAUUACUCAGUGGUAACCGUAACUUUUGGUCAUACAAAUAACUAUAUAAAAAUACAGUGAAAGUAUGUAUUUGCUUGUUGUCGGUAUUUUUCAGCUAGUUGUCGGUAAUUAUCAGCUUGUUGUCGGUAAUUGUGUGGUUGUUGUCGGUAAUUGUCUGCUUGUUGUCGGUAAUUGUCGGUUGUUGACGGUAGUUGUCGGUAAUUAGUACGGUGACCGCAAUGUGCGGCACCGUACGUUCUCUGAAAUCUACAUAUGCAGGAAAUUUUAUAUUCGACUUGCAUACGAAAUGUUCAUAUAUACUUAUGGUACUAUCCAAUAUAUUGACAUUAUUGUAUCUUUUAUACAGCUUCAAGUAAGCAACCUCUUAAAUCCGUUGGGGCAAUCUUACCAGGUAAAGUUAGUUGUCUUAAUAUUGCUAUAAAUCUUACCAAAAACUUUUGGGUACAUAUACAAAUUUCAUAGAUUUUAAAUCUGAAAUGGCAGGAUACGAUUAGCAACAUCAAUAUUGGAGUAGAUGGAUUAUCCAAGAUGGAUUAUCCAAUAUAUAUAUAUAUAUAUAUAUAUAUAUAUAUAUAUAUAUAUAUAUAUAUAUAUAUAUAUAUAUAUAUAUAUAUAUAUAUAUAUAUAUAUAUAUAUAUAUAUAUAUAUAUAUAUAUAUAUAUACACUUUUCAUACCAACUUAACCGGGAACGGUUGCUGCAGAAAAUGCAACACUAGGUCGUCUGGCCAAUCUCGAAACCAGAGCCCGCAAUCCUCUGUGGAGGCUUGCUGAGGCUCUGGAAAACACCGGCGACUUCAAUCUCGUUCCCCGAGCCUGCGAUCCUCGGGAAGGAACGUGAGCACAGAGACGUGAGGCUCUGGGAUAAUCCGUUUCAGGGACGAAUCUGAUUGGCCGUUGAAAUGGAAUGCGUAGUUCAAUUAUAGUUCAAUCUUAGCCACGAUUCCUGGCUUCCGGCAACGGAUUAUCCCAGAGCCUCGCGUUCCUUCCCGAGGAUCGCAAGCUCGGGGAACGAGAUUGCGGCGACUUUUGCACGAAAUCGGUACAUUUGGAUCCAGUACUCCGCUCGACAUUUAUAAAUAGACAUUACUGCCGUCAAACAUGAAUUAUGCCGUUGUUUAAGCUUAUUACGACUUUAAGUCUUCAAAGAAUACUUGCCAUGGUUUUGAAUUGUUGUAAGAUACUGGUAGUGAUUUAUUUUAACUUGUUUAAUUACGGUAAAUCAUGGAUUGUUGUGUUAUUUUAAAUAUUAUAGACAACGGCUUAUCAUGACCUUAUAUGGUAAUGCUGCACUGUUGUUAUUCUACAUUUUGUUAUUGGCAUAUCAAUAUCUGAAUAGUCUAUUGAUUUCAUAUGAGAAGCUAGGGAAGAUUAAUAAGUUUAUUAAUGUUAUGCUGUGUGUUUCAUUGAUAUGUUUAAACAUAAUACACAAAGAGAAAUAAACUUUAUAUUAAUUUUAAACGAUGUUUGAAAUUUGAAUCACUAAAUAUGGCUCAAAGUUUGAAUAAUAAUUAGCACCUGAAAAACAACCAAUCAGAGCCCGACUUUCGCUGGUGUUUCCCAGAGCCUCAGCAAGCCUCCUCAGAGGAUUGCAGGCUCUGGUUCAUUCUCGUACCCAGAUGAAUGGAACCUGUGGCCCAACCUCGUACCCAGGCUCUUACCUUCGCACGCCCCCAGCUGCGGAGCGUGCGAAGGUAAGAGCCUGGGUACGAGGUUGCCUGUAGCCCUGCGAUUCCGGUGUGACGCGAAAUUCUUGACUUGCGAAAUAUCUGACUAUUGUAGAACUGCCCAUGCGCAGACGAUGCGCAUGAAUGACUUUGGCUCAUAAAUUUCGCAACUCAACAGACAACACGUUUAUUUAUAAAUGUUGUGCUGAGUGGUUAUAUUUUAACGUUUUGAUCAACUGAAUUGACACUAUACCACUGAUUGUGAACGUUAGCGUUCAGCGAUAAUAAAGCUUGAAUCGCAGAUAUAAAAUAGACUCCUGACCAGUUUUAAAGGUUGUGCUAUAUGCAUUACUAUAAGCACCAAAAAUCGUUUCGCGUUUGACCUUCUCAAUCCUCACUAUUUAGCAAGCAGCAACAAUGAGUUCGUGAGUUGGCCGUUUAGAUGUAGCGCUCUAACCAACUGCGCUAUACAGAGUCCAGUUGACUAUACUUGUGGUUAACGCUCGUCAACUGGCCUCUGUAGCUCAGUUGAAUAGAAAACUGCAUGCAACCGUUCCUGGUUUGGUAUAAAAAGUGUACAUAUACAGGUAUAUCUGCAUGUGACAGACUAUACAAGAGAUAUGAUUAAGAUUAAUUUCCCAUCAAAGGAAACACCAUUGAGAUGCAUACACAUAGGCGAUUUUUACAUCUUUCAAUCAACCUUGUACCGAAAACAGGAAUCUCACGCCAUAAAUUGAAGGCUGUCAGUUAAUAACAUUAUGUAUAAUAUUUUUCAGAGUAUGGAGUCACAAUGCAAAUGUGGUUAAACAUUCGUCGAAAUGAUCUAAAUCGUCUUACCAAAAAUCGACGAUAUCCUGGAAAACCUGAUAUUUCCAGUAAAUUACCUGGACUGGAAACACCAGAAAAGAUUGACGAUAACUAUGGAAUACGUUUGACAACCUACUAUAUGGUAAGUAGGUAUACCCUAUAUAUCAAGUUCUCAGUUUUCUUCCAAUUCGCCGCGCAUAUAGGCCCAGUUAGGGCCUGUUUAUAUGCAUGGAGGCGAGUUACCCGGCAAGGCGAGUUACGAGAUCCCGCGACCAUUAUAUAGAAAGGGUGACUGUUUACAUGAUGCAGCUGAUCGAGUAACUCGUCUUGGCGAGUUCCCGGCAAAAAGAGGCGAGAUGAAUAUUUUUCGAUAACCGGCAAGCACUUUGCCCGGGUAACUCGGCCGCCCGAGAUAGAAUGUAUGAGCUUUGCAUUUGAAAUAUAAUAGCUCAAGAAUACAUACAAAUCGAUAGAUAAGUUUUCCUGAAUUUCUCGGAGCUUAUUCUUGUAUUUUGACGACAUUUUCAGGGUUUUUUCAGGGAUUUUUUAGGGCCGUAAAACGGCCCCAAAAACUCAAUCUUGAAUUGAGUUUUGAAACUCAAUAUUCUCACAAAAGAUUCAGUGCAGUAAAAAAGAAGUUGUUUGAGUUAAAUUCGUGACGUGUGGAAAUUAGUUUUCAGUUGGAAACCCGAAAAUUAAGGAAAAUAAUGGCUGGAAUUCAUCUCACAACACAAGAAAAAACUACGCAUUCGCCAUGUUUAACCAGUUUGUAGUGUCUCUUAGUGCCCCUGCUUUAACACAUUGCGUCUCAACUACAUUUAUUGAAGGGGGGGGGGGUGCAGCCACCCCAACUGUUCAGCUAAACUCAAUCUUCUCUGCAAAAACGGACCCGAGAGAAAAUUCUGAAAAAAACCCUGAUUUUGUAAUGCUUUUUAACGUUUCAAACGACUUAAAUCGUUUUUGUGUUUUCGGAGCCAUUUGGUGUCAUGCGGCAAUCAUGCAGCAAAAGCAGAGCAACUCGAUUCCAGAUAAACAGAGCGCUUGUUUGUCCCGCGCCUGGACUAGUAACUCGCCUUGCCGGGUAACUUGCCUCUAUAUAAACAGGCCCUUUAUAUAAACUUCUAUCCUCGUUUGACCGAUGUAUAAGAAUUUUUGGCGAGGAUUAAUGAAAGUAAACUGAUGAUAAAGUUGCUUCAUGUAAUAAAGUGUUUUCUAGGCUCCGUUAACAGGAUCGUAUGUAUUCUAUAUUGCUGGUGAUGAUCAAACCAAACUGUCAUUAAGUACGGAUGAGAAGCCAGAAAACCUGAAGCAAAUUAUCUUCAACAGAAGGUGGACGAGAAGAAGACAAUGGAAAAAGUAAUGUAUUCCUGUAAAGUAUUUUGAUGAUCAUUCUUGAUUUCUUGCAGUUUUAAGGCCAUGUUUAUACACAAGGUAAAUGUAAACAUUCCCACAGUUUAUUUACAAAUUUUUCAUCCCAUUUUUUUUCAUCUUUUAUCCUACAGUUUCUUUUCCGGAAAUAUUGCAAAAAAUGUUGUAAAUUAAUACCUUAAGGGUUACAGAACACCUUUGAGUGUUAAUUUUGCUUAAAUUUUUUUUAUUGGUUUUCGUGAAAGCAUUAGACUAGUUCUACUAUCUGACCAAAUUUGAACGAAAAAUGUUGAAAACUCGCAGAGUUAUUUAAUAAAAUACAUUUCGUUGCAAUAAGAAAUACAUUGAAAAUGUAAUAUUCAAAUUCAAUUUUCUCCCGAAGAAUUUUACGGCAAUUACUGAUUUUCAAACGAGUUGUUGUCCUGCAGGUUUUAACGAAUUUUUCUCAAAUUUUCACAGGACAUAGCUAAAGACGUCAGUUUCAAAAUUGUGGUCGGCUUUUUUCUAAUUUUGGAUAGGCAAUGUAAGGAGUAAUUCACUCAAACGAUUCUGAAAUAUAUUGCAGUCGUCAAAGAAAUCGCCAUUUCAGCGGAAUGACGAAAUAAACAAAAGUUUCCGAACAUAAUUUUUUAGAACAACCAUUUUACUGUAUAAAAAUGAUAUUUUCAUAAAUAUAUCUUAAAACCAGCAGGAACACAACUGAAAAGCGUAAUGGUACCGCGAUUUAAGAUUUUCCCGAAUAGUUUUUACAUUAUUUUAUUGUUUGGCAAUUUUACAACUUUACCAUAUUUUGCAUGCACUGGCUAACAUUUGGUGAAAAUUUGAUGAAAAUCGGACUGAUAUUGAGCGCGCAGUAGCGAUUUUCCGCAAAACGCCAAAAAGGGUGUCCUGUAACCUUAAAGAGUGAACUGGAAAAUGUGUAAUCAAGUGCGGGUUUUCACCAUUGGGUUCGGAAAUUCAUUGCCAAGAUUCAAAUGACUUUUCCAAAUUGUGCUGAUAUUAGUCAUCGGGCAUCAGUGUGGAUUAUAACGGUCGGCAAUCGGCUAUUUGCCGAACAAAAACACCAAAUGGCCGAUCAAUUUCAUUCUGCACGGACAUUUUGUCCGAUCAAAUAAAAUACACCACACUGUUCAUUUAAAUUGAAAGUAGUUCAUGUGAAAAGUACUGUUUGAAAAGCAUCUAACUAUGCCUACUAUACCACGCAAUCAAUAAAUAUUUGGAUGAAAAAAUCACUCAGAGGGAACAUUGUUAUUGAGCUUCUCUUUUAGCAAAUACUCUCUCAAGUGACCGAAUCUCGAUAGUUACAGUCCAUAACCGGCGGCGUUUACAAUACUUACUACUUACAAAAAUAUGUUUCAUUUCUAUAAGCCGUAGGCCUAGCUAUAUAUUAGUAAAUAACUUUUUUCCUAAAGAAACACAAACAAAGUGAAGGCGCGGAGGACGUUGCUAGUUGGCGUACGUCAAGCUUUUUUCUGCAUGCAAACGUGCAAUCAAUAAUGGUACGUCGAUGUGUAGUACUGUCACGUAAAAAUGGUUGAAAUAGUUGGCUGACCAUUCUUGGCCAAUGUCCGAGCAACAGUCUCGUUAAUCGGACAUUUGUCAGACCUAAGCAAAAACGUUAUAAUCCACGCUGUCGGGCAUCCAUCGGACAUCAUAACACAUGUCCGACUCAAGUCAUCGAACAUUUUGUUAGACGGUUCUCUGUCCGAUAUUUUAAGACCUGCGAAAAUGACGUCAUUCUCCCAUCUCUUCUUUACAAACGUCGAAGACGUCUUCUAAUUUAAAAAAAUGGUAUAGGUUUUCCUUACAAGAGAUUGACCUUUUUUUUAUCUCCAGGUAUUCGACUCAAAAAUCCGCAAGGGUAGAUCUCCAGGAAGGUGGCAUAUACUUCCUAGAAGCCUUGUUAAAGGAAGGCAGAGGAGGAGAUCACGUGAGUGUUGGUGUACGACUUCCUGUUGGCAUCAUGGAAGCUCCUAUUUUCACUGAAUCUCUUUUCGUCAAACCUCCCGGUAUGUCCAGGGACCUACAAUAUUUUUAAGAGGAGUAUUUUUGUAUGUUACGUAACACGCGCUCAAAACUAAUGCGUAUAAUAAACCACUUGAGGUUAUGACUAAAUUCAAAAUUUUUAUUUUUCGAUACGUUUCUCAAUCGGCAAAAAAAUUUAAAAAGUAUGUUUUGUGCUUUAUCUGUAAAAUAGUUAUAAAAUGAAGAGAUUUUAGAUGAUACGCCAAAGAGAAAAUGAUUUCUGAAGUUCAGUAAGUUUUGCUUAUAUGGCUGUAAAUAUGGCGUCAAUUUUAAAGCAUCUUUGAUAUAAUUGUAUUUUAAUUGACAAUUUUUAACUAUUAUUUUAUGUUUAAAUUUCUCAACCGGCAGAUGCAUUUAAAGAGGUUGCUAACUCUAUAAACUAGAGAAUAAAGCUGAAACAAAGUAAUUUUGCAUGAGAGGAACGCCAAAAUAUUUUAGAUUUUUGAACACUUUCCUUGCAAAUACGUGACAUUGAAAAAAAUUGCCUCUUUAAAAUGUUCUUUUGCAACAGAAUUUUUCCCAUGGUAUACUGUAUUGUAGAGAAAACCCAAUACAGUAAAACCCGGCAUAUAGCCUAAGAACCUACAUUUUCCAAGUUAGCCUAAACAGGUUCUUAUGUAAAUGGUGCUUACAUGCAGGAAAUUAGGUUCUUAAAUAGGUUUUUAUUUUCUUAAGAGAAAAGCGAUUCAUUUUAGGGAGCUGUAGUAUAUAAUUUAUAUAAAUUAGGCACAAAUGAUUUAAAAACUAACAGUCGACCCUUUUCAUAAAUGGCUGCCGAUUAAAAAUUCUUUUAUGUACAUAUAAAUUGGCCCAACUAGCCUCGUAUACUCACGUUAAGAUUUCAAAGGAAUUUCUACCCAGAAACGAGGCUAGUUGGACCAAUUUAUAUACACAUAAAAGAAUUUUUAAUCAUCGGCAGCUAUUUAUGAAAAGGGUCUAUAUCACUGAUCUAAUAGUAGACUGGAUAUAGCUUCUCUAGGUGUGAAAAGUGAAGCCAAAUUAUAUAUGCGGAAAUCACUUCCGGGGACCACGGAUUGAUACAAAUUACUAUAGAAAUGUAUGCAGGCGAACAACCACUGAUAUUAGAUCAGUGGUCUAUAUGCACUAUGCCAACUCUAUAUAUGCACUUUAAAGCAACACUGAUUAUAACUUAUGACUUAAUUUUGACUCUAUUUGAUAAUCUAAGAGUUUUUAAAGUUUUGAAUUGUAGCCUGAACAGGUUCUUAUUUAAAGGGGGUUUAAAAGAUAUUUUAGCCCAAACAGCUUCUUAAAUUCUAGGUUCUUAUAUGCGGGGUUUUACUGUAGUACGAAUUAAAUAAGACUAUAAACAUUAGUUUUCCAAAUGCAAAACUCUUUUCAUUUAUUAGUUCAAACAACUCCAGAAGAUAUUGGAUCCGAAGCUAUUGAAGAACGUUAGUAUAUAAUUAUAUUAUUGGAACUCUGAGGAAAACAGAUUAGAAAUGAUAGAGCUAUCUAGUAGCCCACAACACGACGACUAAACAAAAUCACUAGAAAACCUACAUGGCUGUUGUUGUGGACAAAACACGUGCUCAUCAUUUUUUUAACUAAUGCAUGUAUUUGAUAGUGACAAAAUUAGCCUAUAUAAUUAGCCAUUCGUUGAUCGAUUGCAGUGUCAGAUUAAUAUGAAACCAGUUUUUCGUAUCUCUGAGGAUGGUUCUGAAAUAACAUUUUAAAGUAAGUCGUUCUGCAUAUGUGACGAGGAACGUUGGUCCUUUGCAUAUAAUACAAAAUAAAAUAUCUCCAAAACGAAGCAAGAAAACAAAAAUCUGUCAAAGAAGUUACUCUGAUCUUUUAAUGAUCUUUCAAAUUUGAGCAAAAAAUAACAGCGUCAAUUUUAGAGUCAUAUGCCCUUUAACUAGAAAUUAAUUUAAUAUUUGUGUGUGUUGGUGUUAUGUACUCAGGUCCCAAAGGUCGCGGGUUCGAUUCCCACCGUGGUCAAGCAAACUUUUCAGCUUGCCCGGAGUGGAUGCACACUCAGAGUAACGUCACAGACAUCAAAUUAAUUUAAGUUUGCCUUCCUCCUCGAGUAGAAAACUGGACCGAUGACGUCAACCCGUACCAGACAUCUAAACAGAGCAGUUUAGAACUGUUAUAGCCAUCCAGUUUAUAAAUAAUGUUAGUUCAACUUAUAUACACCAGACAGCUGCGUAUCGAGAGGAAUGGCAACUAUCUGAAAAAUACAAGUAAAACUUGACGUCUUGAGCGAAGGCCCUUUGUCGGAGUUUGGCCAAGUUUUACAUGCAUUAAUUUUUCAACAUGAGCUCCACCUUUGAAUUUACUAUACAGGGUGUAUAAAAAAAAACGGAGUCCAACUUUUGUGCUUAAUAACUUCCGGACUGCUACUUCUAGUAAAACGGUUUUAGGCUUAUUUUAUUAAAGCCUGUUCAUUUAUCUUUCGGCCAAAUGGUCAUCCGUGUCUUUAGUGCAAGUAUAGCCUGCGAACAGGCUCUCAAGCUGAAUUGAGAGCCUGCAUUGAUGACUAAUGAAUUUGAAUAUCUGCGUCUCAAAUCGUGACGCGAAAUUCUCAUUGGUCAGAUGCUAUAAUUUAUAUGUUUCCGCUGAGCUCUAUAUAUGUCAACUGCUGAAGCAUUAUGCAUAAAAAAACACAUUAACUGAUCAAAUUGGUCUUGGCCGUCUUAUCUCAAAGCACGAAAUGUUCUGUUUUGAGAAAACAGUAUUUAAAACAUUUGAACUUUUGCUUGAAUAUCUUAUAUUUCGAAAAACAGUAUAAACUGUACAGUCUAAAUUUAGUUUGCACGGUCUAAAUUUAGUUUGCACGAAAGUUGUAAACAACACCAUAUAAGGAUAGACAUUCCAUAUUUGGAAAAACGAACGUUACGGGCAGAUAUUCAAAUUCAUUAGUCAUCGAUGCAGGCUCUCAAUUCAGCUUGAGAGCCUGUUCGCAGGCUAGUGCAAGUAAUAAAUGCACAGGAGAAAAUUUAGUAAAACCUAUCAUGUUUAGAUGCCGCUUAAUUAUACAAAUUUACUGUGUUAUUCCAUAGUCGGUUGCAAUGUUUGAAUUUUCUUGUUCAAACUUUAAUGUUCUUGUUGCCACAUCGGAAAAACUAGUAAGAACUUGUUAAAAACAUUCUAAAAGAGAUUAGGUAGUUUUAUUUAUUUCAAAAUCCUAUAUUAUUUCCAGAAAUCAUCAAAACAACCUUACGUCCAUGCAUCGUCCGAACGAGCACCAUCGAAUCGGGCCGUAAUGUAAAUAUAAAUUAGCAAGUUGACAGCAAGCUAAAACACGCUUCAGCCGGUAUUAUAACGCAUUUGAAGUCAGCAAGUGGAUUUAAAAUAGUGUAUUGGAAGCCAUUAUUACUUGAUUUUUACAAGCAAUUGCCAAAAUGCCUCAAUUUGCUCGUUUUGUUGACAAAAUAAGUUAUUUUCAUCAAGUACCGGUUUGUUACUGCAUCUCAAAUUUUUGACUCUCCAAUCGCAAUCACUUAAAAUAUUAUUAUUCACGAACGUCUGGAUUAUAUUUACGAAACAACCCACCGUUGAAAAGCUGGUCGCGCAGGGGUGGGAAGUUUUUCAAGUUCCUUAAAAAAAUAGUUUUUAAAAAAGUUUUAAAAGAAUUUUAAAAAGCAGGAAAAGUUUAAAAAGUUAGAUUUUUAAAAAAGUUAAAAAAUGUUAAAAAAGUUAGGGGUUAGUGGUUAGUGGUUAGGGGUUGGGGUUAGGGUUAGUGUUAGGUGCCGCGAAUUUAUUAUUAUGAUAAAUUCAAAAUUUGCCGCGAAUUUAUCAUAGUGAUAAAUUCGGACGUGUUUAAGAAUUUACUCAUAUAGUAAGUUCAAAGGUGGAGCUCAAUUUUUAGGUGGUCGAAUCCCUCUCUCAAUCCCCGCGUCUUUUUGGUGUUCAGGGGUGGAAAAAAUGUUUUCUUUCUGGGAACCUGGGUCGAAGGCUAGAAAUUUUCUGUAAAAUUUGCAAUGUUACAAUUACAAAAAUGACAAAACAAAUGCAUAAUUAUUGUAUUAUUUGUACUUUAGUAAUAAUAGGCUUUAGGCUGGUUUUCGUAAGCUCGUACAUCGCAAUAGUUGUCUAUUAUAUACCACAGUUAUGAGUUAUGACCAACUAGUAAGGGUCUAACGCUUAACUAAGUGUCCUAUCAUCUUAUUUAUUCCAUUACUUUUAUUUGUUUACUAUUUAAUUUGCAUUUUAUUGGAGACUUUGCAGAGCAUAUAUUUACCAUUUUACCUGAUUGUGAUGGCAGGGGUGGGUAAAAGAAUUAAUUUCUGUCAAGUAUUUAAAAGCUGCUGACGUUAGCGCGUACAGUGUAAAUAAAGUAGAAUAGUUGUAACUUAGGGGUCGUUCAGACUGAGUGCCCGGCACUGGUGCCCGGCACUUGUUUUGGCUCCCAGUUUGAACACGACGCUUUCAAAUGAAAUUGGGCACAGUGCCCAAGAACGGGCACUACCUCUAGAGGUAGUACUCAACAACGGCACUGUGCUCAACAUGUUUUGUGAACCAUUUUGAACAUUGGGCACCAGUGCCGGGCACUCAGUCUGAACGACCCCUUAUAAGUUGAGUAGUAAACAGAGUUAUCUCAAAAUGUUGAAAUAUUUUCUGGAAAAUUUUCUGCAAAACUCUCUACUCAAAAACAUUUCUGGGAACUAGGUUCCCAGGUUCCGAUACUUCUUCCACCCCCUGAUUGUCACACUCACGCUGCAUGCACAGACCCUUCGAGUAUGUAACUUAUAUAUAAGCACAAUAAUUCUAUCUCCUCAUUCUUAGCCAUCGCAAAGCGAGGUGUAAACUUUGAGACUUGGGAGAACAUACCAGGCAAUGACUUGAAGAUGUUAUUCAAGGAUUCACGUUAUCCUGACAAUCCAGACAACACACAGACAUUGCCAUCCUUUAGUACGCCUGAGAACCGCGGAGAUAAUUACGGAGCCAAAGUGACAGCAUAUUAUCAGGUAAAGGGGGUAGGGGGGUUGGGUAUUUACUAUGGUUGGUGACUGCCCUGUGCACAAGUACAGUUGUGGUGGAUUUUCUGCCACGCUUCGAAGACGUUUUCUCAGUGGUUUACUUGGCGGAUAUUAUUUCCUCUUUUAUAACUAACCAUCCAUAUAUGGACCUAUUACCUAAUGAACAAAAUUUUGAUCUAGACAAGUCUAGAAAAAGAUUUUAUCACGGCUUGAAAGAGCACCACAAAAUUAGUAAUAUUCCGAAGUUUCGUUGCGAAAUGUUGUAAAUGCGGACAAUAAAGCACUGCGAAGUUUGCCGUUUUUCAGUCAUUUUGUAUUACGCACGGGAAAUUGAUACCGCUUUCUGAAAAAAGGUAUAUCAAUUUCCUGUGCGUAAUACAAAAUUACUGAAAAACGGCAAACUUCACAGAGCUAUAUUAUCGCCAUUUUACAACGAAACGUCGGAAUAUUACUGCUUUUGUGAUGCUCUUUCAAGCUGCGGUGAAAUGUUUGUCUAGACUUGUCUAGAUCAAAAUUUUGUUCAUUAGAGAAUAGGGCCAUUAGGCAUUAGCUAUGCCGAGAUUAAUUGGGCAUUGUAGCCAGUGGUAUCCUAGUAUACCUUCACAAUUCAGCUUCAAGAAAAGAUGAUUAGAACCCACUAUCUUUCGCAUAACAAUUAAUGACUGUACUUAAAAUGUGCCCAUUUUAGGCCCCUGAAACUGGUGACUAUAAAUUCUACAUUUCCUCUGACGAUGCUUCAGAAUUACGAAUCAGUACAGACGACACUAAAGUAAAUGGACGCAAAAUUGCUGGCGUUCGAUUACAUACCAAGCCACAUGAGUGGAACAAGUAUGUAUAUUUAUUUUUUAUCAGUGAAAAUGAAGCAAUCUGAUUGGCUGAGAGCCUUUCAGAGCGGGCCGGUUUUUUGCAUCCGGCCCGCUCUGAAACGCAACUGCCCGCUGUGAAAUGCAACUGCCCGCUCUGCCUUUCGCGACAAAAACUGAGGAGUGAAACAAUUUUUUAAAAGAAAAAAUCUGCCAAAAACGUUUGAAAAACAUAGCCUAACGAUAGUCAGAAUACAAUAAUGAAUUGCAUCAAGCCCUAAAGGCUUCAUACUAAGCACGAUGUUCACCAGAAUUGCCAAUAUUUUGAUAGAAAUGCGACUGAAAGUCGGAAAGUUAUUCGACAUGUAUAAAAGUUACGUCGAGAAAACUACAUAUUUUUUAAAUGCUCAUGGAUUCGGCCACUUAAAAGCGAAAAAAUUACAGCUUAAACAGUUAUUGUAAAAUAAAUGUUUUCCCAUUUAAAAAAAGUUUCAUUUGCAGCAGUGAAAACAAGUCACGAAUAUAUUCUCUACCCAUUUGUGUCAUACAUUCUUCACUGAUGUAAAUAUUGUAAACAAAGUAAAAGUUUGUGUUUAAAUUAAAAACAAUUUUUUUCAAGCAUAUUAUCGUGAAACGACAAGAAAAAAUACAAAAAUAUAAAACCAACAUACCCUUUUCAUUGACCUUUUAGUAGAAAAACGUUGAUUGAAUCAAAACAGAUUCAUUUUUAUAUGUUUUUGAUCUGAUCUGAACAUGAACUUGUCGUUGUCAGGAGCAACUGAUUUUGUCAAAGCCAAAGCCAAAACGCCAGGCAUAAAAGUUGUUAUUCCAAAUCUUCUCUUCUAUACCAUAUUCAUGAAAAAAGCAUGUACAUUUUUACUGAAACUAUACGUCUUUUUGUGUGUUUCUUGCCAGUUUUCUCGAGUUUUUGUAUCGUGUUUUAUAUCAUUCAACUUUUCAAAUUUCAAUUUUUGUCAGCCUCGCUUUGAAAAUACACAACUGCACUGAUCUCAAAUUAGUUCGCAAGCAACACUGGAAUUUUAAUCAAUAUAAUUUUUACAUCUGAUAAAAAAUAAACACGUUAUUUACCGGCAGCGUCGGUCCGGAUGAGAAAAACUGUGCCCUCGGUCUUGAAAACGUACCUCGCCCUUCGGGCUCGGGCCGUUUUCAAGACCUCGGGCACAGUUUUUCUCAUCCGGACCUCGCAGCCGGUAAAUAACAUAUAUAUAUAUAUAUCAUUCUAUAUAUCUGGAGAGUUCUAUUGCAGUUCUAUACUGUUCAAGUUAGAGGUUCAGCGAUAGCCAUCCAUAUUGGUGCAGUGUCAGGGGCGAAGGACCGGGGGGGAGGCCCCCAAGUUUUGCGAAGUGCCCUUUUUCCGGGAGCAAAGUGCCCUUUUCUUGUGUGAAAAAUGUCUUAAGGAUUGUCUUUUUUGCCCAAAGGGCGGUUUUGAAAACUUGAAUUUAUGUUAUUUUCCGGAAAAUUAGUUUCAUUUCCGGGAAAAAUCUGAUAUAUCCGGAAAAUGUUUUGCAAAUGUCCGAAAAAUUUGUUUCAUAUUUAGGAGAAAAAUUUUGAGACCUCCCCCACUGUCGCCAACUAUUCCGGGAAAAAUUUUUAUAUGCCCUUUUUUUUCUGAAAGUGCCCCUCAAAGCCUGCCCCCCAACUUUUAGAAGCUUCCUACGCCCCUGUGCACUGUCACUACAAGACGAUAAUGAAACUAAAUUUUAACAAUCUAAAGUUAUUAUACUGGAUAGAUAGAUAGAAAAACUUAUUUAAGAAGCCACAUUGCAACAUUAGAUCACCCCUGAUGAAGACACUAGACUGGAGUGUUGAAACGUUGUGUCCUGAUUGCAAUUCAACUGGGCUUUGUAAUCAUUUAUAUAAAUCAGAGAGUAGCGUGCGAAAACAUCAAGAUGCCCUGCAUGGGACCUUUUAUAAGAGUCCCGUUCGUACCUUACCUUUCUGGAUCUACAUUUGAUAUCUAGGUUAUUUUAACUUAAUGUAAUAUUUGUUCUGUUAUAUUCUUUUGUUUGUUAAAAAUUGUGAAUAUCGAUCCAAAUAAAAUUUGUUAAAUUAAAUUAAUACAUAGUAUUAUAAAAACUAACAAAAUUAGCUAAAGUUAUAAUUUACUGAUUUACAGGUAUAUUAACAUCUAUUUUUUCAAUUACUGUAGCUAUAUCAAUCAAUAUGAAUAGCGAUUUUCUUUCGAAGGGAAGAAAAGGAUUUGCUCUCUCUAAUUUCUUUAGGAAUAGAAUUCCAAAGGUGUACUCCGUCAUUCGUCAUACAUGAAACUUUUUUUCGUAUUAUUAGUAUGCGGUUGUGGUAAACGAAGACUACAUGAAAUGUUCCGAAAUUUAUAGUUUGUCACCUCUCCCUUAUCAUUAGUGAGUGAUUUGGGUAUCAUUCGAUAAUUUAUACAUGAUUUUUGCUUUCCUUUUCUUUCUGUUUUACUGGCUUCCAACCCAAUGUUUGCAAUGCAACAGAAUGAUCUAUGUCAUUACUCAUAUUCAUAAUAAUCUAGCUCUGUCAGUAUCAAAUUUUCUCCCUAGAGGUUCAGUGAGGGUCAUCCCGUUUUGGCGCGGUGUUACUAUAGGAGGAAUCUGGAGUAUCCGAUGGAAACUUGUGCUGUUUGCUAGAGUCAAACGGACUCUCAUUAAAACCGACAAAAAGUAGAAUUAGAAUCCAAUUCUCAAUAACUCUCCCUUCGUUCCACCAAUGGUUUCCUGUAUUAAUUUUAACAGGUAUCCAGAGCAGCAAAGAUCAAAAGCAGUUGGUUUGGAAAAGGACAUAGUUUACUACAUGGAAGCAUUUCUUAAAGAGGGAAGAGGUGCUGAUCACCUUGCCGUCAGUGUAAGGCUACCCUCAGGCAGUGUAGAGAUACCAUUGAUGAAGAACAUUUAUACCAGGCGACCGGUUGGUAAGUUCUGUUGGUUUAAACGGGUUUUUUUUCUCAAAAUUCGUCGAUAAUACUAGCAAUCUUGCAAGCCAGGCUGUCUACUCCCUCUCCCAUCACAAACACGCUCCAGCAGAGACCCUGGUUCACGCUGGUCACGUGACACCCAAACUCUGGGCAUAAUCUGGGGUGUCUUUAAUUAGCGCUCUGUGUGCUACUCAGGGAGGUUUGGCUGAGUAAUAAUACAUCAUCAGUUCACAGUGAAUGCAUUCUGAACUGAUCGUGAUGCAAUAAACACAAAAGGAGGCUCAAACAAGAUACUGUAUAAAGGAAUGCCAAAGAUUCUCCAAACCAAAACAUCUCUACACAAUUCUGGGUUUUUUUAAGCCUAAGGACAGUUGUCAAUAUGUUUUAAGGCCCAUACAGACCGGACGCGAUUUGGCAACGCGACCCGAAUUUUCAGUUUUCAAUGACAUUUAAUUAACUUUAAUAUUUUUCAAUGUUUUUCAAAUAUUCGGAACCACUUAAGCAAUUUUAGCUAUUUGGUCUGCAUAUCUUGUAAAAUUUUUAUCAGUUGACGGUUUUAUUUGUUUUUGAAAACUGAAAAUUCGCGUCGCGUUGCCGAAUCGCGCCCGGUCUGUGCGGGCCUUUACAAUUAUAGAACUACAAUUGCAAAGGAAAUAAAACCGCAACUGUCUUUGUGUUCGGCCAGGUAGACAAUCGAUCAACACUUGUUUAUACUUUCCAAUUCUUCAAAAUUCGGGAUGACUCACAUUUCAUGGACACAAAGUUAGAUAAGUUAAAUUUUCUGCUGGAGCGUGUUUGGAAAUGAAGCGGAAGUAGAGAUCCUGGUUUGCAAGGUUGCAAUACCAGAUACUUUUAUCGAACCUGAGAGCAGAGUGUGUCUUGAGAGCACCAAUGGAUCAUUUGCAUUAUAGACUAAAUUUUGAUCUAGACAAAAAUUUCAUCACAGCUUGAAAGAGCAUCACAAAAUUAGUAAUAUUCCAAAAUUUCGUUGCGAAAUGUUGUAAAAUGCGGAUAAUAUAGCCAUGGAAAGUUUGCCGUUUUUCAGUCAUUUUGUAUUACGCACGGGAAAUUGACAGCCCAAUCGGGUGUUGGGGCAUCAAUUUUCCGUUUGUAAUACAAAAUGACUGAAAAUUGCAAAUUUCGCAAGGCUAUAUUAUCCGCAUUUUACAACAUUUCGCAACGAAACUUUGGAAUAUUACUAAUUUUGCGAUGCUCUUUCAAGCUGUGAUGAAAUUUUUGUCUAGAUCAAAAUUUAGUCUAUAAUGCAAAUGGUCCAUUAAAAUCUAAUGAGCUUGGCUUCUAUCACUACCUCUAUCAUCAUCGUCAUUACUACUAUCACCACUAUCGUCAUCAGAAUCAUCAUCAUCAUCAUUAUCCUCAUCAUUAUUAUCGUCGUUAUCAUCAUUACUAUCAUCAUUAUAAUUAUCAUCAUCAUUAUCAUCGUUAUAUCAUCAUUAUCAUCAUUAUCAUUAUUAUCAUCGUUAUAAUCGUUAUUAUCAUCAUUAUCAUCAUUAUCAUCAAUAUCACCAUCAUUAUAUCAUCACUACAGUUUAAGAUUAUCCUUUUUUCUCCAUAGCACCGAAACCUGGCCGGCCGUUUCCAAAAUGGCCAGACGACUUCCGUUGGAACAAUGCUGGACCAUUAAAGGACUACCGUUGUGUACAAAUAUCAGAGCCUGCUGACAAACAUACAUGGCAUGAUAACUUCUUCUGUUCUUCGGGUCUUAAGAAAGAUCCUGGCAUGAAGUGGAGUUUUGCUGGUGAAAUUGAUGGCAUGAAAUGCAUACAGAUCCAAGAGCCAGCUGAUCGCGAUACUUGGCAUGAUAACUACCUCUGUCUGCCAAGUGAUUCUCCACUCAAUCUUCAGUGGUCCAAUGCCGGACCGAUUGCUGGUAAAGCUUGUAUACAAUGGUCUGAACCUGCAGAUCCUAACACGUGGAAUGAUAACUAUUUGUGUGGUAAGCUUCAGUUACUUUUGUGCUGUUGUUUUUUUUAUAAUUCCACUUUCGUUCCUUUCAGAUAGUUUCACUCAUCUGGUGUUUGAAAUAUUUAUGAGAAUAUCCUGUGCGUUGAACUUUGUAUUGUAAUUUGUGUUCUUCUCAGCGAAUCCGAUAGCUCAAUUGGUGAUGUUUCAGCAUUGUUCGCUGAGUGUGCGCACAGUUUUGGGGAUUUACCAUGAAUAAUAUACAGGGUAUAUCUGAAAAAAUGAGACAAUUUCGAAACACAAAUCCGUUCAUGUCAUUAAAUUUUUUAUAAAUAAAGGUUGUUUGGGUACUUAUAAUAUAGAAAAGGCCAAAACAUUUCGUAAACAGCAUUAAACAUAACUUGCGCGCGAAAUUUAAAAGUUUAAAACGCAUUUUUGAGCUCAUGGGCAAGAAAUUCGUUAUGUGUUUUAUAAAUGGUCCAAAUAUCAGAAAAUUUACUCAAUAUUUAAGUCCUUUAAAUAGCUGCUGAAACUUUUAUUUUUUGGCACCAAUGCGUAUCAUGUAUACUUAAUUCAUGCAUUUACCUAAUGUAAAAAAGUAAAAUAACAAUAUGCAAGUUAUUGUUAAUGCUGCUAAUAAAGACAUCCCCUUCUCUGGAAAAUUUAUCUUUACGAAAAUUGUUUGUGUAUUCUAUAUUAUAAGUACCCAAACAAUCUAUAUUUAUCACAAAUUUUAUGAAGUGAACGGGUUUGUGAAAUUGAGAACAGUUUGUCUACUUUUUUAUACAUCCUGUGUGUUACCAUAAAAAGAAUAAAUUCCACAAAUUAUAAUGUCUGCCAUAGCCAAAGAAAGGUCUUACUGUUCUUCGAAUUUUUGUAUGGUUAUCAUCAUCACUACCAUUAUCAGCAUCGAUCAUCACCACUACCACCAUCAUCACCACCAGCAUCAUCAGCACCAUUAUCACAAUCAUCAUCAUUGCUGAGAUCAUCAUCACAAUCAUUAUCACUACCACUAUAAUCACAAUCAUCAUCAUCAGCAGAAUCACCAUCAUUAUAACUACCAUUAUCACAAUCGACAGUAAAAGCAUUCGGAAAAUGUUACUUUUUCAUAGGUCCGGAAUCUGAUCAACCGUUCCCUGAAUGGCCAGAUGACUUCCGUUGGAACAAUGCUGGACCGUUAAAGGACUACCGCUGUAUACCAAUAUCAGAGCCUGCUGACCGUCAUACGUGGAAUGAUAACUUCUUCUGUUCCUCGGAAAACAAGAAAGAUCCUGGAAUGAAGUGGAGUUUUGCUGGCCAAAUAAGUGGCAUGAAAUGUAUACAGAUCAAAGAGCCAUCUGAUCCUAAUACAUGGACUGAUAACUAUUUCUGCUUACCAAGUGAUUCUCCGCUAAAUCUUCAGUGGUCCAAUGCCGGCCCGAUUGCUGGUAAAGCUUGUAUACAAUGGUCUGAACCUGCAGACCCUCACACAUGGAAUGAUAACUAUUUGUGUGGUAUGGUUGUUUUGUCUAUUUUAACAUCCUUUUUUAUGAUACUUUUUGUGUGUGUUGGUGUUAUGUACUCAGGUGAAUUGCACCACUAAAUCCAUAGUAUAUUCCUACUAUUUCGAUACAAUAUCCAUAGUAUGGAAAUAUACAAUUAUUAUGAAUAAUUAUAAUCUAUUUCAAAGAUAAGGUCCAUACAAUUUCCAUUUUAUGGCCUUCUAUGGAUUUUCAAGAUUUUUUCCAGUGUAACUAGACUUAGUUCCGAAAUAACACCAACUCGAACCGACAUGACCUCGUACAGCAUUGGACUGGUAUGGCAAAGAUCGCGGGUUCGAUUCCCACUGUGGUCAGGCAAACUUUCAGCUUGCCCGGCGUGGAUGUACACUGAGAGUAACAUCACAAACAUCCUUUUUUAUUUCAUUAUGGUGGAGGACUUUUAUACUAAAACGUAAAUUUAUCUGGUCCACUUGUAAUGACAAAGUCGCAACUUUUCUCUGUUCUGAUAGUCAGUUUUGUUUGUUGUGUUACCAAAACUUCCAUGUAGAACUUUGACAAGACAGAAGCUUGUGAUGUAGCUGCAAGUUAUCAUGGCAUCCUCCAAAUUAGCCUGCGUUGUAGCCUGACGUUUGCUACAUCGAUAUCCCGGUAUGGCUGGUUUUUCGUUUUCCAGCACAAGUAUGAGUGAUGGUAAUGCUCAAACAGAAAUGUUACUAUCUUUAGGUUUUACACAUUUUGGUGUCUGAUUACCUCCAGGGGUCGGUUGUUUAAAACUGGGUUAGCGCUAAUCCUAAGUUAAAAUUCGACUCAUUUAUUUCUAAAAGUCAAAAAAGAAAACUCCUAUUGAUCCAGGCAAGAUUUAUGAAGAAAUAUUUCGAAGCUUGCAGAAAACUUGUUGGGAAGUUCGAUUUGAAUGUUAGGUUAAUCUAGGGUGAAACUAACUGGCUUUUAAACAACACGCUCCAAACUAGACAAACAGUUAAAUUUAAUUUAAUUUUUCUACAGUCUUAAUUAGCUGUUUGCUAAAUAAGAUUUUCUAUGUUUAGGUGACAAGUACUCUCCGCCAGAAGUUCAACCAACCCCAGGUGGAGUUCCGGCUACUCCAGGUGUUCCUUCCAGCCAACCUGUAUUGUUGCCCUCUCUUCCGAGUGGUGUCAGCCCAAGUCCAUCCCUGGCCGGUUCACCCACUCCAGGCCAGGUUUUAACACCUCAGCCUGGUAUAGCUACCAGCCCUGAUGGUUUACCGCCUUCGGGAGAAAUAACGCCAGUUCUAGGUGGUCUACCUUCUUUGCCUGUACCCAUUACUCCGGGCACGUUGACACCUUCUCCUGCUGGUCUCAUUCCUGCCACUGUCGCACCAGCAACAAUACCUCAGGCUGGUAUAGCUACCAGCCCUGAUGGUUUACCGCCUUUGGGAGAAAUAACGCCAGUUCUAGGUGGUCUACCUUCUUUGCCUGUACCCAUUACUUCGGGCACUUUGACACCUUCUCCUGCUGGUCUCAUUCCUGCCACUGUCGCACCAGCAACUGCUGUUUUACCACCAUUGGCUACUGUUACCACUGGUCUUGGCGGUCUUCCUAUUGGAGUACCCACCACUCCUGUUUUGCCUCCUAUUGGCUUACCUACUGGCACAAUUACGCCCGCUCUUGGUAACCUACCUACCUUAGGAAGUGGUCAACUUGUUUCUGAUACAAUCACCCCCACCCCUGGUGCUUUAUCAAUACCUGAUACACUAGCUCCUACACUUACUCUUUCACCCAGUGGUCAAUCUGUACCUGUUAUUAUUAAUCCAGAUUUAAGCGCUGUUAGCCCUGCCCUCGGCAGUGCUGUACCAAUAGCUAGCAGUGUUAACAUUCCUCAGCCUGCUCCUGAUAACGAACCACAGCCAUCAUGUAAGUGUGACUUCACUAAUAUUUAUUAAAGAUUUUAAUAUUAAUAGCCCCAUUUCUACUAGACACAGAUCAUCGGUCAAAAUGCUUCAUUCGCGUGACGGAUUUUAUAUAAAGAAUACUAAUAAGGCAGUAUAUCUAUUGAAUUUGUAGUCGUGUUUGAAACCGUAAUAUAAUAAUAAUAAUAUAAUAUCCUCGAUUUCUAUAGCGCUCAUAUCCAAAAGUUCAAGGCGCUUUACAAAUAAGAAGAAGUAGAUACAAUUAUUUACAUUUAUGUACAUAUACUUAAAUAAACCUACAGACCCAUCUAUAUCAAUCAAAAGAAAGAUACAGGGCACUAUUAUUAAUAAAAAGUUUAAAAAGAUAAGUUUUGAGAUCCUUUUUAAAAGUCGAUAUACAGGAUGCCUUUCGCAAACUGUGUGGAAGUUUGUUCCAUAGUUUUGGAGCACACACAGCGAAGGAUCUGUCACCAUAAGUUUUACUUUUGGAAGAAGGCACCAGUAAAAGCUCAUUUGCAACUGAGCGGAGGGAUCGAGUAGAUGUUCGAUGUUGCAAACAACUAGACAAGUAGAGUGGACAGGCUCCGUUCAUUGACUUAUAAACCAAUAGAAGAAUUUUAAAAACGAUUCGGUAGUGAACAGGAAGCCAAUGUAGACUCGCAGGACGUGUUUCGUUAGGUCUAAAGCCACUUGCGUUCUGCGCUCGUGACUUUAAACCUAAUAAAACACUCCUGCUCGUUUAUUAAACAGUACUUAAUUUUUCUUUCAAUAUAAUUUUUAUUGCCAAUGCUGACACCAAGCGUACGAGAUUUAAUGUGUAUCCUGAAUGUUCUUUAUAGCAAAAUGGAUCAAACUGCCCGGAAAACUGGCCCAGAUUGACGGUGGCUUAACAAAGAGUGUGUAUGGUACAGACUCAAAUCAGAACGUCUUCAAGGUGAAAAGCAAGCUGUAUCCGAUCCCAGACAUCCAUCUUACGCACGUUAGUGUUGGUCAAGGUGGUAUCUGGGGUGUCAACGCACAGGGCCAGAUUCUGUUCUCUCUUUCCAAGACAGGUUGGAAGAUCGUGCCUGGUAAUCUGAUUCAGGUAGAUUCUGGACCUGCUGGUGUGGUGUACGGAGUGAAUAAGGAUUACACAGUCUACUACAGAGAUGGAAUACUUCCAGGUAUAAUUUCAUUAUGAUUAAAAAAAUACAGCCCUGGGGCCGGUUGUGUAAAAACUUAACCGCAGUUAGCGCUAACUACCGUAGAUAAAUCCUUAACUGUAGUUAGUUAACUAAUGUUGGAAAAUUUUAAGUUCAUAUAUUAAUAAAAAACAUAUUUCAGCAGAAGAUGACAUAUUCUUCGCGAAAGCAUCGACAAUCGCCGACGGUAAAAAAGGAGAAAAUUACCUUAUGUGUACUAUAAGAACAACAUAUCGAUAGUAACUAUGUGUGACAUUUCAGAGAAACGUCCAUAUGACGUUUCUUUUGGACAAAAUCGAUAUGUGAGGCUUCCCUUAACUGCAGUAAAACUAUGCUUUAGGUAUCUUUGAAUUCUCAAAACGGAGUUAGAAAUGACGCUUGAUAGGAGUGAACAACAUUUUUCAGUAAACCAAUAAUGAAAAGCAACGUGUAUCUGGGAUUUUCAAUUGCUAUCUUCUCUAUGAAUCAAUGCCCCUCAAUGCUUCAAUUGUGCAUAAUUCCUAGAUUAUGUUCAAGUGUGUAUAAAUUGAAUCUGAUUUAGGCACUCCCAUGGGUACUAUUUGGCGCGAAGUGGGACCAGAUCGUCUCAACCUCAAUGCUUCAAUUGUGCAUAAUUCCUAGAUUAUGUUCAAGUGUGUAUAAAUUGAAUCUGAUUUAGGCACUCCCAUGGGUACUAUUUGGCGUGAAGUGGGACCAGAUCGUCUCAAAUACAUCUCGUGUGGUCCGUAUGGCUGCUGGGGGAUAAACAGGAAUAACAAUGUUUACUUCAAAACUGGCGUGAGCGCAAGUGACGCACUUGGUAAAAAAUGGCUUAAGAUCGACGAUAUAGAACAGCUCACCCAGAUUGAGGCUGGUCCUGGCAGAAUUGCAGUAGGCUUGCGUCCAGAUGCCACAGUCGUGAUCAGAACUGGCGUGACAAGAGAUCUUCCUCAAGGAAAAGCAUGGGAAAAACUAGACACUUCCAAUAUUCCUGUUAAACACGUCACAGUUUCACUUGAUAAGAUAUAUAUUGUUAGCAAUCUUGGUGAUGUCUAUGAAAGUCUUUUGGAAAAAUCAGCGGAUGAGGAGACGUCGGAUGGGUCUGAAGGAGCAAGUUAGUGAAAGGAGCAAAAUAUUUCAGUUUGUUUCAUAUGUAGAUAAAAUGUCAUAGGCAGUGGCAUCUUUGUCGCAGCCAGAAAUUAUUGUACUAUUUGAUUUUUCUGUUUAAAGGACAUUCGCAAUAAAAAAUUAGUUUGUCUUAUUCAAAACAACUCUCAAAAUCAUAUAUUGGACUCUAUUACCGAUUUGUUAUAUCUUGCUGAGUUCUCGAAAUAUUCAGACCGAAAUUAAUGAGCUGUUCGCCAUCUUGGACUAAUUCUUGACCUUAUUAACUAUGGUUUUGAUGACGUCAGGAGUUGGGUUAAUCAUAUAAAACUACUCUAAAAUGACCGAGUAACAAUCCAAAAUUGUUUGAAAUGUUUUUAAUCAUUUCCAAAUUUCAGACAGCAACCAGAAACGAAGAUUUGGGCCCAUAUUGAUCGCAUACUCUCAAGAUAAAAAAUUAAUGUGACCCCUCUCUUGACGUAACAUGCAUAUCCUCAAUAAUCCAAGAUGGCGAACAGCUCACUUUUUUCAGUUGAAAUAAUUUGAAAAUUAACUACGAUAUAAACAAUCUGUGAUAGAGUUUAAUUUAUAAUUUUAAGAGUUUUUUCAAAUGUCCUUUAAGAUCCCCAUUGUUACAUAUUUAGUCCUUAAUCUAAAAUCGUGUUUGAUAGUUCGGUGGCAGUGCCGUCGGGAAUUGUGAACAUUUCUAUCCUGCCUAUGACGUCAUAGAUUUAGGUCAUUUACAUACGAAACAAACUGAAAUAUUUUGCAAACGAAGACAUAUAUUGAAAAAGUAGAAAUAAACCACAUUACCAAUUUACGUCAUGCAUUAUUCACCUCAUUCCGCAUGGGGACUUUUCAGUGACCGAUCAAGUAUUACGCUUAAUACUUAUAAUAUCUAUCAAAAAUAUUUCGAAAACCAAGCAAGGUACGAAAAAGUUGUAAAGGGUCUUCAGAUAUAACUUUGAAAUAAGACAAAGUUAAUUUUAUUGCCAAUCCCUUAUAUGUUUAUCUUAAAUCCCCACCCUGUCAACUUUCCCUGUUGGAAACGGAAGCACCUGGAGGAAACCGAUGAUUUUCGGAAGAGAGUUAAUAGGGAUUGCUCGCCUUGCAUUUACGGGUGAUUUGGUACACAACCAAAAUUAUGAAAUUGUACGAACCCUUAUUCUUUCUGCACAUCUUUACUUGUUAGAGUACGUUGAAAUAAUUGGCAAGCCGCCGAAAGAAUUGAACGGCAAAGAAGAAAUGUCUUUACCACCAGCAAUUUCAGCCCAAAUCGAUUUUGGAGAUGUUGAUUUUUCAGUUGCUGGUUUUAUCCAGACGGAUAAGGGUGGGACCAUAAUCUCAAAGACCAUUCCUGGCAAAGCAUUUUUGCCAAACGGCAAAACUCUGUAUGUUGAUGCUGAUGGUAAAUUGGUGUUCGAAGUUGGCCUAGUUAAUAACGUUCGAAGCAAUAACAAGGUUAAUGAUGGUGAUUGGCACGAAUUUGGUUUGGUUCAUAGUGCUGCUGAAGAUAGGUUAGUAAUGUAUUGGGUAAAUAUCAAGAUUUCACUGUGGAAUCUCACUCGAAUGAACAAUGUUGAAAAUGACAAUGGGUAUUGGGUAUUGCAGAUGGAAAAUGUCGAGUGGAAAUCUAUAUGCAUUUGUUAGACCUGGCCAGGACUGCAAGCGAAGGUCCCUGGCAGGAAUUGAACCUGCUGCCCUGCGAUUAAUCCGGUGCAGCGCUCUAACCAACUGAGCUACAGAGGCCAGUUGUCGAGCUCUAAACACAACUUCAUGUAAUAUAUGAACAACGAGCUCGAGAGCGAGUGUUUCACCGGGUUAUCCAAACACGAGAAAACAACGUAUGAAAACACGAGCGCGAAACGCGAGUGUUUUCAUACAUGUUUUCAAGUGUUUGGAUAUCCCGGUGAAACCAGGGUCUUAGCUAGAGGGCCGUGUUGGCCGUGUUAUCGCGGCCAAAAGUGGAAAAACACGGCUAGAUAAAAUUAACGCGGCUUUAGUAUUUUUAUAUAAGGCCGUGUAGGUUCAUAAAUAAGGUGUUGCUACUUACAACAGACAGAAUUUCUUCCUAUUUACGUCGUAAGAAAGUUUGUAAAAUCUACUGUUGUUGUUGAAAUUGGCAAAAGUGAUCCGUGAUGUUUUAAUAGUUUGAUGGAUAAUGGGAACUGUAUGGUGUUAAAAUGGUUUUAAAUACCCCCAAGAGUUGCUGAAAUAACUUAAUAUUUUAAUGUUAGUGCGCAAUAUGAGCGUAUGCUCGCCAUGUAUUCGGUUGCAAAGCAUAGAACCACAACAAGCGUUGUUGGCGAGCAUAACUAGAACCGUGAUUUUGCUAUUCAAGGUGAUUGAUAUGUGCACGCCCUGGUCAUUAGAAACACGCCCAAGAUCUAAAAUCCUAGCUAAGACCCUGGGUGAAACACGAGUUCGAGUUGUUUAUAUGGCUUCUCAAAUGAAUCGAGACGUAACACAAUGUUUCCGUUUGCUGAUUUGAAUAGAAUUCUUAACCAUGCAUAACGUAAUUAGGAAUUCUAUUCAAGUAAUUUUGCAUGCGUAAUAAAGAUAUUUGAUGAAAACACUAGUGACUUUCAUAUGAUUUUUUCUGUGUUGGUGUUGUGUACUCAGAGGAAUAUGAUGUUUGUAAUCUUUCAUCAAGUUUCAGUGGGUUAUCCAAAGCGAAUCUUGUAUUCAAAUAGGUGAUUAUCAUUGGUUGAAUUGCUCAUGAAUGAAUAAUAUUUUAUGGAAUAUGCGAUACAGAAAGUUCGUCAUAAUAAUCGUCAUUCAACUUCUUGUUAUAAUUAUUCUAGAAAUUACGGGAACCACUGAGUAUUUUGAUAAAAUACAAAACAAUAGAUACUCCGAAAAUUGAAAACAUUUUGAAAAUUUAUUUCGACGUUUCGACUAAACUAUAGUCAUUAUCAGGAAAUGAAUGAUGAUGAUAUUACAUAUGUACAGGUAUAUUUAGUGAAGUAACAAGAUACGAUUAGUUAAAUAUUAAUAGCUCUUUAGAGGCUUUAGUUCCAUGGUUUAGGGACGGUUUCAUUCUAUUAAUAGGAGUAUCUAUUGUUUUGUAUUUUAAUUAUUCUAGGUUCCAUAUCUACGUUGAUCAGGCUGAAGAAAGUGAAAAAGAUUUCAGUGUAUCUGAAGAUUUAGACGGCAGCGAACCAAGAGUUGGUUUUACAUCUGAAGACUUUCCCACCCCUCGAUACUUUAAUGGAAAAAUCAAAGACCUACGCUACUAUCCAAGCGUCAUUUAUAAAGAUUUGGCCGAACGAGGUGAGUGAACGGAGUCAAAUUGAACAGGGGUGAAUUUGUGAAGUUACAAAGCGGAUUAUAAGGUGCUUAAUGUCACUGCAUCAAAAAAUAGCUGCAGCUCGGGGAGGGGUCUAGGUUUUCCUGUCUUGGACACCAUGGACUUGGUCCUUUGGGUCAAGGGACGAUGAUUUGAGGACACAGGUAUCGAGUGCCAAACGGGCGAGACCGCUUAGAGGGUAUGGGGCAUGCUCCCCCUGAAACUUGUGAAAUUUAUAGUCUCUGAAACAUCACUUUAUGUAAUUUUGGGGAGGAUUUUACAGAAUACUGUCGGUCAGAAAACGAUAUAAAAAUAGCAAUUUUUUAAGACCUGGACUUUUAGGUUCUCUUGUUCCUACUCGACAUGACUUGAAUGUAUGUUUGCCAAAAAAUCCCCCCCCCCCACCUCCAAAACCCCAAGUUUUACACUCUAUGACCCUCCCUGACCCUCCCUCCUGAUAGUUAGGGGCACAUCCGGUCAAACAUUUGAAGAUCACCACUUCCUGGCAAUGAUAAUGCCAAUGUAAUUCCUUUUAGGGAUCUGUAUAGAUAUUCUGUGAUAGAUAUUCUGUACCUUAUUUUUGGCCCUUUAAGGUGGUAUCAAAAGUGACACUGCAUCUCCUGAAACAACUGCGGAUUCUCCAGGAAAUCCCGUACCAGGUAGCCCUGUGAGCACUGUGCCUGCUUUUCCUGGCCCUCCACCGUGCGCCAAUUGUAAGCAGAAACAGGUUGCUGGUAAGUUUUUGGGGGAUUAUUUUAAGGUGAUAACACAUUUGUGCAGAAAACCACGGCCAGCCGACAAUUUAAGAAAAUAUAAAAAUAUUGCCAUCUUGAAAGUAAAGAUCUGAAUUAAUACAAGGCGAACAUUUGAAACUGUAAAUCUUCGACUUUAUUUCAAAAAUAUAUAUAUUUACAAUGAGACAACAACUGACUCGACCCACAGAGGGAAAAACACAAAAUUAUGUGUGAAAAAUAACUCAUUAAUAACUCGUGCUUAAAUUAGUCAACCAUAUUGCUAUAUUUUGUUCACAUGAUAAUACUGGAUACCUGGUAAAAGUAUAUUGAUUCAGUCCUAGGACUGCAUAAAAAUUAAUGGACCAAUCCCAUAUUAAUCAAAAUUUUGAUCUCAACAAGUCUAGACAAAAUUCCAUCACAGCUUGAAAGAGCAUCACAAAUUUAGUAAUAUUCCAAAGUUUCGUUGCGAAAUGUUGUAAAAUGCGGAUAAUAUAGCCUUGCGAAAUUUGCAAUUUUCAGUCAUUUUGUAUCACGAGCGGGAAACACUUACCACUUUUCCAAAAUUUUGAUAUCAACUAUUUCAUCACAGCUUGAAAGAGCAUCACAAAAUUAGUAAUAUUCCAAAUUUUCGUUGCGAAAUGUUGUAAAAUGCGGAUAAUAUAGCCUUGCGAAGUUUGUUAAAUGGUUACCACUUCGGGAAAUUUCCCGCGCGUAAUACAAAAUGACUGAAAAUUGCAAAUUUCGCAAGGCUAUAUUAUCAGCAUUUUACAACAUUUCGCAACGAACCUUUGGAAUAUUGCUAAUUUUGUGAUGCUCUCUCAAGCUGUGAUGAAAAUUUUGUCUAGAUUAGUUGAGAUCAAAAUUUUGAUUGAUGUGGGAUUGGUACAUUAAGUAGUGAUUUAUUCCUAUGAGAUGUCAUUUCAAAUCCUCCAAUUCUGACUGGGCUAGAUUUCAAGUCCUCACAGUUUGAUCCAGUCCUCGGCUUCGUCUUGGACUUGAUCAAAUUGCGCAGACUAGAAAUCUAGUCCUCAUAGUCGGAUUUAAAAUAUUACGUGAAAAGUUGGACGUUGAGUGUAAAUAGUUGAAGUUUCUUGCUAGUCUCCAGUCUUGUGUCAAGUUGUGGUUUACUAAGUUUGCUAGUAAAACUUCAAGGAAGGCAAGAAUGUUGUAAUUGUUGGAUUUAGUUAUGUGGAGAAUUCUAAAAUAAUUGAAGUUCUCAAUAGGAGUAGGAUCGUUCUUAAUAGGAAGUGGGAGGUCGAGAAAAUUUGAGAGAAUUGAUUUCGUAAGCAAAUUUCUGCAGUGUCCGUAGUGAACUUUCUCCAUCUAAACCACUUUUCGAACAGUCGAACAUUUUACCUCGGCUUCGCCUCGGGCAACAACGGCGGUCUCGGGUCCACAAAACAGUUUCCCAGUGACAUACCGGAAGCACUGCCAAUCAUGGACUUAUGUGUACCAAACCAUAAACUAACAAUCACCAGGAGUGGACUUCGGUACACUGGAGCAUAUUUUUAUAAUAUGUUGCCACCAGAUCACUUCCAGCUCAUUUCAAGCGUAAAGCCCAAGAUAUGUAUAAAAAUAACUCUUCAGAUGUAUGUUGAUUCUAAUUUGUCAUACCUACAGAUAUGUAUACUUUAUGUAGUUAUAUGUAUAGAAAUGUAAAUUGUACUACAUGUAAAUAUAUUUAAUUAUAUAGUUAAUUUUAGAAGGUCCAGUGGAAGAUUAGGGAAAUCUAGACUGGCAUAUUUCCUUGUAAAUUAACCUUCUUUAAACAAACUUUUAAUAAUAAUAAUGUCUUACAACGUUUAAUUUCAGCUCCGCUCGACAUGGUAUUUAUUGUCGAUGGUUUUGGACUUGUGGGCUCCCAAACAUUUAAGGUUUUGAAAGACUUUGUGAAACAAAUCAUACACGCAUUCAUUAUUUCAACUCAAUCUACUCGUGUUGGCUUCGCCCAAAUAACAGAGUCAGGUCACGUUGAUUUCAAUCUGGAUGAAUACAGCGACGUACAGGAGUUGGACGAUGCGAUUGAUGCGAUUCCGCUGAAAGGUGGGGACAAGAGAUUGGCUAGACAGUCGGUUGCAAUAGCUUAUACAUCCAUUUUCCAAACGACUGGCCGUCGUGGUUUGGUUCCGAGAGUGCUGAUCACCGUCACCACUGGAAAAUCCGAGGAUGACGUUGGAUUAGUGGGUCAAGAUUUGCGGAAACAGAAAAUAGUUUCGAUUGUAGUGAGCGUUGGUGAAAAUGUGGAUAAGCCUCAAGGAAUUCAACUUGCAACAACUCCUGAACACAGCUUCGCUCCAGAUGAUGUUGCAAAGUUGCCACCUGUUGUUCAAGAUGUUGUCGAAAGGAUUAACAAAGGUAUUGUGUUUUUUUGUUGUGUUUGUUUGGGUGCUUGCGUUGUGUUGUGGCAAAAUAUCGAGGCCCCUUUGGGAAAACUCUGACCACUACAAGCAUGUGCAUUAUAUUUUCAUUUCCUCUUAUGGAAAUUUUAUAUCUAUCUAUGUUUUAUAUGUUCUGGAUUCGUGUGAUUAAUUAAGCAGGUCGAACCGACCUGACCGCGUAGCUCAGUUGGCAGAGCAUUGGGCUAGUAUUCCAAAGGUCGUAGGUUCGAUUCCCACCGUGGCCAGGCAUAUUUUUCAAGCCUGCCCGGUGUGGAUAUACACUCAGAGUAACAUCACAAGCAUCUUAAGUAGAUUUGUUAUGUAGACUUAAGAUAGCUUUUAAUCGUAUGAAGGAGCAUAACUGCAUAAGAAAUUGUCAAAUUACUAAUUAGUCAUAUUACCAGUUCGAAUAAACAUUGUUCAGCUGACCACAGUGCAAAGACCAGAGUUUUAAAGUUUUAAACAAUUACGCGAAACGGCAACAUUUCAAUCAUUUUUUUUCAACAGAACAACCAGUGUUUUGGAGCACUCUAGGUAGUGAUUUUCAAUUUUCGACAUCUCUCCCUUAAUUCAUUUAGAUCUAUUUUAAUCAAUUAUUAUAACAGUGCUCUCACACAUAAUUUUCGGAACAUGUCCAAACGAUUAACAUGCUGUUUCUAAUUAUUUUUUAAAUAUAGACGGCUGGCCAUGACAUCAUUUUGUACAACUUGAUGGCAACUUUAUGUUAGAAGCUGGUAACAGGCAUUUGCUUAUAGUUCAAGCCUUGGUAAACAAGACUAUAUGUGUUACCACUCCUGAUUUUUUCUUUAUAGCCAAAAAUUUGAGAAUUUUUAAAUUUUGCCUAUUAAAAUACGACUGUAUGAUGGCAAAAAUGGUAAAAUUCAUGUCCUCUUAUACGAAAAAUAAACUACACCACUAGAAAGAUCGCACAAAACUAUAUAUAAGACAAUUAAGCGAGUUCUACGUUUUUCGAAUCCUAUUUCGAGAUUUAAUGCUAAAAAAUACGGAAAUGACCAAAUUAGUGCUAAUAAGUACCCAUUUUGCCAACUUUAACCAUCUUUAAUUCAAAAUCGGCUUGAAAAAUCGCACUAGUCGCUUGAUUGUCUUAUAUAGGUUUUUUUUCGAUCUUUCUAGUGGUAUAGUUUAUUUUUCCUAUAAGAGAACAUGAGAUUUUACAUUUUUGCCAUCAUAGUAAUUUAAUAGGCAAAAUUUAAAAAGUGUCAAAUUUUUGGCUAUAAAGCAAAAAGCAGAAGUGGUAACACACACAGUCUUGUUUACCAAGGCUUGAACUAUAAGAAAAUGCCUGUUACCAGCUUCUAACAUAAAGUUGCCAUCAACUCUGUUUAGAGGCACUUUUUGCCACCUUGGCCAGCCGACUAAUAUUUAGUUUCAGCUGUUCGACUCGUUGUAAUUGGCUAAUUGCUGUUGCAGUAUUCCUGCCACGUUUUCUCUAUAUCUUUAUUUGUUAUCCAUGCAUGUGACUUGUCAUUUUUCUUUCAAUGUAUAUUUGUAAUUGUAACUUUUUCCUUUUUUGGCAAACCUAGUCAAAUUAAAUUAAAUUAAAUUAAAAUAAAAUUCCCUUUUAUUUUUGCUGAAGUUAGUAAAAUUAUAUCAAGGGGUUCAGCUUACAUGUACAGGGUGUAUAAAAAAAAACGCAACCUCGUAAUUUCCCAAGAAAUCGACAUUGUCUUAAGGACAGAAGAUUUUAGAUGCAUGGGAAUUUAAAAUAGCACAACUGUCAACAUUACUGCACAAGCGAGUGCAUAAAUUAAAGCAAAAUUUAUGCAUUUAUUUAAUGACACUUAAUUAGUUUUUAUUGUACAAGUACAGUACAACAACAGUAAUAUGAUUCAUUAGCAAUUCGAUUUCAAUUUCCAGAGGCCUAAAAUCUUUUAUGCUUAAGAAUUGCAAAGUGGAUUUCUUAGGAAAUUCCGAGGUUGCGUUUUUUUCAUUUUUUUUUCAUACACCAUGUACUGUAGUUCAAAUUCUAACAAUGGCUUGAUUUCUAAAGGUCUACGCCCUAUAUUGUGUUACAUUCACUUGUUUCGAAACUUUAAUUUAAUUUAAAACUUUAACAUCUCCCAAAAGGGCUUUUCAGAUAUUAAUUACAAAUGUGCUAAACGAAGUCAAUAUUAAUGUUAAUAGAUAACUCGUUAAAAACUAAGAGUCGUUUAAAAAUUCUUGAAAGAGAUAUGUUUUUAAUGCUAUUUUAAAACAUUGCAAAUUCCUCAAAUUGUUCCCAGAUUUAACAUUGUCAGGCAAGUCAUUCCACAACUUUACUGCUCUGAACAAAAACGAGCGUUGACCUGUCGCUGUUCGAUAAAAAGGUACAUUCAGGGUAUCCUUGUUUCUUGUGACGCGUUCAUGUAUACGCGAUCUUGUAAUGAACCUUUCCGUUAAAUAUUCAGGAGCGUAGCCAUUCAAGCAUUAAUUUGUAUGCCAACAGUGGCCCAACACCGUAUCUCUGAAGCGUAAUGUAGCAUUUACAACGAAGUUCUUUUAAUAAUGGCGUGAUAUGAUCAAACUUUCUCGAAUUCGUAAGAAUGCGCGCAGCGAAAUUUUGCACAUUCUGUAAAGGCCCUGUCACACUAUUGCGUAUGAGAGAAACGUACGAGAAGCGUAUGGAAAUUAAUGAAAUAAUUUUCAUACGCACAAAAAUCCUUUGAAAUGCCAGUGCAUGAUACCGUACAUCUGGCGUACCUCUAGCGUAUUCAGCGAGUAUGCUUAUCGUAUAAAGCAUACGUCCGAUACACACAAAAUUUUUGAACAUGCUUAAAAAAAAUUUUCUGCUUCGCCGUAUGCCAGCGUAUGCCACCGUACGCGACCGUGCUUGAAACGUAUACAACCUAUGCCUAACGUACCCCUAGCGUAUGAGUGAUAUUUUUCAUACGCUGGCAUACGCUAGUACGAUACGCAAUAGUGUGACAGCCUUAACUUAAACCUUGAUCAAAUACUAUUUUCAACUGUUUUUUAUAAUCUAGAUCUUGGUAUGACAGCUGGUAAAGUUCAAUCAACCGGAGGACUUCCUACUGGUGCUGUUUCUGGUGCAGCUGAACCCGGGAAAACACAGGGUCUUGGUGGAGGUGAUGAAAUACCCAGGACUCCACCUGUAACCGGAUCGUCUGCUUCUGAUGGGCCUGGAAUAAUACAUUGUAAGUAGGAAAAAGUUUGCAUUUCGGGGCUUUGAAAAUAGUUGCGGUUUAAUUUCACGCGUGUUUUCAAAGUCUGCGAAACGUUGAAAACACGCGUGAAAUUAAACGUUAAUUUUACUCGGCCCCAUACUUGCACUAAUUACUUUAAAAUUCGAUAAAAUUUAUCUAUUUUCAGUAUUUUUGUGUCUUAUAAAACAAAUAAUGAUUGUCUUCAUUCGUGUAGUAGUAAACGGUUUAUUCAAAUAAAAUGAUAAUGUUUUUUACCACUGCAUAAACAUUCAUUAUUUGUAUAUUAUUAUUGUUUAUUGCAGUGUUAGUAUAGGUAAUCAUGCGAGGGCGACUUAGGGAUUAAUAAUACUCGUGAUGUUUGGAAAUUUUGCCAAAAUUGGACGAGCUGCCGGGGCAAGUCCAAUCAGCACCAAUUUAAGGGUGGGCCACAAAUUUUCGUGCAGCUAAUUAACAUGACAAAAUCGGGUAAUUCUCGAUGUUAAUAUCAUAUUCUCUCGCCAAAUUAGCCCAGUUCUGGCAGACUUUCAAGCAAAGUUUGGUGCUUUUGUUCGUAUUUUCAUUUAGUUCUUUUGCCCUAAGUUCCCCUAUAGGGCAUUUUCGUUUGUGUGACCAGAAUUUUUCAGCAGUCAUUACCAAAAUGUUGUUCAAAUUUUACUAAAUUAAGAAAAAUGUUACCAAAAUUUGACUUCCCAAAUAACUACGUCAUAAUAUGCCAAAAAAAUAGUUGCGUCAUCAAAGUAGAAAAAAUGCACAAAAAGGUUUCUCGAAAUACUUGUUGAGUACAUCGUGUUGCAGUUUUUGCUAAUGAUAAGGCUUUAUUUCUGAGGCUUGGCAGUUCCGUUCAUCACUUUGAGCACGUUAAUAACGAGAAAAACACAUUUUUUACCAACAUGAUUAUUAAUAAUUAAAACCUUUCAGCUUUUACCAAAAAAAACUUGUUACCAAACUUUCUCGAAAAUUCACGAAAAUUCACGAAAAGUAAAACUUUUUACCAAAUCUGGUCACACUUGAGUAAUUUCGCCAUUUUGUUUGUUUUGGCAAAAUCAUUAAUUGUACUGUGCAGUACAAUUAAUGAAAUAAUUGUACUCCUCUCUACCUAUCAGCAUCGAGUAAUUUUGUCAUGCUAAUAGUAAAUAUACUAAUGAUGAUUUGCAUUUAUAGUGUUGAUGCCAACGAUUUGCAAAGGUCCUGUGGAUAUCACGUUUGUCAUUGAUGGCUCUGCUAGUGUGGAAUACAGCACCCAAGGAGGCUUUAAACGCACACUCGAACUUGUCAAGGAAUUUUCAAACAACUACAUAAUUGGACCACAAAAUGCAAGAUUUGGUUUGCUUAUUUUUGCUGCUGAAGCUGAGACUGCUUUUAAAUUUGACAGCCAUCUCACGAAAGCGUCACUUUUGAAAGAUAUUGAGCGAAUUCAGUUUCCUCAGACAACUUCAUUUCUGGGCAAAGGUCUUCAGGAAGCAAAGGAUGUGGUAGGCUUUCGGAUUUUUUAAAAUGUUGUAGAUUUGCACGGUGAUAAAUUACAGGGAAUUUAUGCUCUGUCGUGCCUGGUUUGGGAAAUUUGUGUACUAGUACAAGACCGGGUGGAAAUAGGGGAAAUUUGGUGGAAAUGGUGGGAGAGGUGGAAAAAAUGUAGGGGAGGUGCAGCGGCCUAGCGCACGACCCCCAUUGGAAGUUAGAGCUUAGAAUGGGCCAAAAUCAACGACAUGACGUGUACAUGACUGUACAACUCAUCCAAUUUUGCCCUUCAUUACAAUUACUACAAUGUUUCUUUCAAGACAUUCCAUUAAAAGGAUACAUGACACAGAGAUGAAUGGCUAUUAUUGUUUCAAUUUUACCGAAAACUUUCUUACGAAGUGUAGACCCUAAGCAACCACAAAAUGUCAAAUUUUCACGUUGAUCUAUCAUUGAAACUUUCCCAAGGGGAGGCGCAUGACUUUUCAGGGAAGGUGGAAAAAUUCUCAGGGGAGGUGCAAAACGAUGUCAGGGGAGUUGCGCACCUCCGCACACCUCCCCUCAUAUUUCUCCGUUUUACGUGGCACUAUACCAUUGGCUUAAAAAAAGAAUCGCUUCUGAAAAGUAAAACAUAUUAUUUUUGAGAUUUUACAGUAUCAUGGGAUUUUACAGUAUCACAGUUUUAAAGGACAUUGGCAAUAAAAAAUAGUCUGUCUUAUUCAAAAGAACUCUUAAAAUUAUAUAUUAAACUCUAUUACCGAUUUGUCAUAUCUUGCUUAGUUCUCGAAAUAUUUAGACCCAAAUUAAUGAGCUGUCCGCCAUCUUGGACUAAUUCUUGACCUCAUUAACUAUGAUUUUGAUGACGUCAGGAGUUGAGUUAACAAUACAAAACCACUCUAAAAUGACCGAGUAACAAUCCAAAAUUGUUUGAAAUGUUUUUAAUCAUUUCUAAAUUUCAGGCAGCAACCAGAAACGAAUUUUUAAACCCAUACUUAUCGCUUACUCUGCAGAUAAAAAAUUAGCGUGACCCCUCUCUUGACGUAACAUGCAUAUCCUCAAUAAUCCAAGAUGGCGAACAGCUCACGUUUUUCACUCGAAAUAUUUUGAAAACGAAGCGAGAGAUGAACAAUCUGUAAUAGUGUUUAAUAUAUAGUUGUAAGAGUUCUCUCAAAUGAACUAAACUAUUUUUUAUUGCCAAUGUCCUUUAAGCAUGCCUAAUUGAUGUUAACGCUUCGCUUGACAGUUGCAUAUUUGUGUAAGUGUUCUUUUACAAUACGAUAACCAUGGGCAAGAAUCUUCACUGUUUUUUUUCAGUUAGACAUGUAUUUUACAGAAAUAUAUCUACCUAUCAUCAGGGAAUAUACACAUGUUUUUUUUCUGUGUUAGUGUAAUGUACUCGGGUGAAUAUGAUGCUUGUGAUGUUACUCUGAGUGUGUAUCCACACCGGCCAAGCUUGAAAAAAAUGCCAGGCCACGGUGGGAAUCAAACCUACGACCUUUGCAAUAUUAGCCCAAUGCUCUGCCAACUGAGCUACGCGGUCGGUCGGUCGGUUCGAGUAUGUGAUAUUUCGGAACCGAAUCUAGUUCCUUCGAUAUCAAUGCAUUUCCAUAUACUCGAACCGACCUGACCGCGUAGCUCAGUUGGCAGAGCACUGGGCUAGUAUUCCAAAGGUCGUAGGUUCGAUUCCCACCGUGGCCAGGCAUAUUUUUCAAGCUUGCCCGGUGUGGAUACACACUCAGCGUAACAUCACAAGCAUCAUACACAUGGUUACUUUAAACAAAAUUAUUGUGGGAUUUUUAAAAGCUGGAAAUGCAUUUUCCGGGUGGGGGGAAUUUUCUGGGUGGGGGGAAUGGCGUCAGUCUCCCCCCCCCCCCCAACCCAUAUGCCUGAUGAAGACACUGGACUGGAGUGUCGAAACGUUGGGCCUUUUACAAGUAGUCAUAUCGAGUGUAGUUGCCCCAAAUCCUGACAUGUAAAAAAGUGUCGGCGGAGUAGUACUCUCGGGCCUCAUAGACAUCACUGAAAUAUUUUCAGAUUCUUCCUGGUAGAAGAAAGAAUGUUCCUCAAAAGAUGAUUGUAAUCACGGACGCUCUCAGUCAUGAUGAUCCUUUUGUUGCUGCUGCUCAAAUCAAAGAAAUGAAUGUGGAGAUAUUCGCAGUUAGUGUUGGUAUUCGAUCCAAUAAGACUGUGUUACAGUCAAUUGUCUCUCAACCUGCCGAAAAACACUUGUUCUCGGCCAAAGAUAGCUUGGCGAACCUUCUUAAUGCUGUUAAGCAAGGCACAUGUAAAGGUACAGUGGAACGAUGA